UCUACCAGUACUGGUCUCCGCCCAACCGCGACAUGGUGCGCCUGCCGCCUCUGCUGUGGACGCGCCUGCGCCACGACCUCGCCGACUACCUGGUGGACCGGCAGGCGGACGGGCACACCGUCAUCGCGCUCUACCACAGGCAGUUUGUGGAGGCGGUGCUGGAGCGCUACCUGCAGGGCGAGGAGCGCCGCCUGCUGCACCAGACGCUCGCCGACUACUUUAGCGGCAGCUGGGCCGGGGGCCGGCGCAAGACGAUCCACCUGAGCCAGCCGGGGAGGUGCUGCACGCGGACCGCAAGGUGCUGCCCGCGGGGUCGCGUGUGUACAUGGGGAGCGGUGGCGCAGCGGUUAGCGCGCCGCGGCUGAGGACCUCUUACCACGGCAUCUCUCUUCCACUUCAGCAAAAAAAAAAAUUCUUGCUGUGGUUUUCCCACCUGAUGAUGAUUACUUGUGUUGCAAUCGAAACGUCGUGAUUUAUUUUUAUUGUAUAUCUACGUGACUUUACCGAAAGAACCAAAGACUAUGGAGCCGGGUUACAUUUUGCGGCCCACGGCCAUCGUCGGUGGCGCACACGAGCCUCUCUUCGCCUCUCCGAGGUCGCACACGUGCGUAUGUGUGUGCGCGUUUCUGUAUGUGCGUGCGUGUGUAUGUGUGUGUGGGAGCGGUGGUGUAGCGGUUAGCGCGCUGCGCAGUGAGCCUGGCAACCCGGGUUCGAUUCCCGCUCACGGCCAACACCAGUGACGAUUA